CCGCAAUUAAGGGUCACUUUUCAAAAAAAUAGUAGAUUUCUAGGAAUUUCUAUUGUUCUUUUUCUUGCUACCUCCCCCCCUUCUCCCCUCCGCCUGGAAGUCAUACGUGAACGGCUAAACUUAGAUAAGUUUGAUUUUUAAAAAUUUGCGCCGCUUAAAUAUUGGUGUUAUACUUUGUUAUCUUAAUCAAUGAUAAACGUGUUCAUAAAUCCACAUAUUUCAAGAUUUCAAAGAAAUUUUCAGUAAAUUUGUGAUUUGUUUUUGUAAUACUUGUGAGAAGUGUAAGAAUUAAAUAAUUAUAAGAAUUGAAAUUUAACAAAAAUGUUGCCAGUUUAACAUAAAAAAUUAAGAAAAAGGUUGAAAAUAAAAAAAAGUUAUUUUUUGAUUUGUAAAUUUUAUUACGUGUACUUAUUGGGAGGGUUAGCUGUAAAUGAUGUCCAAUGUUUUCAGAUUCGUCAAAAAAAACAAGAGGGUCAAAAGACCCCCAAAUUUUUUUUAAGAUUCUUACCCAUGUGCUAAAUUGUGGGGAGGGGAGGUUGUUAGAGGGGUGCAAAAUACACUUUCUAAGCCAUUGACUGUUAUGAGUGGAGGAAGGUUUGAAGAAAUAAUUGGAUGUUAUUUGUUUCCUAAUCAGUUUCCUGUGGACAUCAUUUAUAGAUGACAUCUUUAGCUUCAUAUUUAAUAUGUUAUCAAUUAAAAAAUUUAUAUAAAUUAUUCAAACUUACUAAAACCUCGAAAUUUCUUUUUCCUAUUCAAUUUUAGAUAACGCCUAACACCAAAAAUGAGUUAUUUUUUUUCAUCCUUUCAAACUACAAAAUCACAAUCUUUUUCCAAUUUAAAAGAUGCCAUUGCCUUCCUACACAGAAGUGAAAAAAAACUUUUCUAUAAUCGUACUUCGUCAUCGUACUCAAAAACGUUGAUAAUCGAAGAAGAGGAACUUGAUGAAAAUAUUGACAUUUUAUUCAGCAAUGCUUCGUUCCCGCAUAAUUCACUAUGGAAGCCAGUUGUCAUUGCAUUUAAGUCGUUGGUUGGAAAAAAGAAAUGUAAAAUUUACUGGAAAAAUGCUGAAAAUAAAUAUUUUGUACUUGAAAUCAAUAGUGACAAAGAUGAAAACUUUGCAGACUUUUGCAUUUAUGGAGUAGUAAAUGGAUUGCACCGUGUUAAAUCAGAUCCCAAAAAGAAGCUGACAACAGUAAAAUUGGAGGAUUUAAGCGAUAGAAAUAAAUGGAAUCUACUGAUACUCGCUGUGAAGCAGAACUUACCAAAUGUCGUCCAAAUACUGCUUGAUUAUAACUUUGACAUCAAUCAUGAAGAUUAUAAUUGUAAUAAUGCUAUGGAUUCUGCCUGGAUCAACUAUUUAAAUCCAAAAGAUGAUCAAAAUAAAUACAAUAGUUCAAAAAUAAUGGAAUUCCUCCUCAAAGCCAACUCAAAAUUUCCAAAAACUAAAUUAGGUUUCAAGGCACACAAAGCGCCUGCUAAGGUACGAAACGCAUUAAACUUAAACAAAAGUUUAAGAGAUUUGAUGCAAGCUAAGUCAUAUGACAACUUAAAGAAAAUAAUAGAAGAAAAUAAACCUUUGCAUCACUUUUAUGAUAUUAAAAAUAAAUCAAUUCUUGCGCAUGCAUACACAACUUAUAAUCUUGAAGCUAUUGAAGCACUAACAUUGCUUGAAUUAAGAUUUGGAGGAUGUGAAGUUAUUCAUGAUUAUUAUACAAAAUUAGCAGAUAAAGAUGCUGUGCUGAUCAAGGAUCUAAACAUUAAAAUUGGAUACAGGAAUCCAGAAGGUCACAUUAACAUCUUACUAAGAAAGUCUAGAAUCGGCAGGAACGAUGGUUUUAGCAAUGACAAAUGGAAAUCAAUUCAUGAUGCUUAUCAACAUUUAAAUUCAAUUCCUGAAUGUUCUGUGAUCCUUAAAAUUGCAUCCAUGUGGAAAAAGCUCAAAAUUGUCUUCGACUUUUCACAUUCAUCAACCAGCAACAUUGAUCCAAAAACUGACGAAUUUACUAAAGGUGUAGUUUAUGAUUCUGGUGCUGUCAUCAUUGGCGCUAAGUAUUUGAUGGAUGAAAAGUAUAGACUUAAUGUCCUAGGAACUCUAAUUCACGAGCUUUAUCAUUGUGCCAUGCUAGUUACAUUUUUUAAUAAUUAUAAUCCAUAUCCAGCUGGUGAUUCUGAAGCUAAAGCUAAAUAUGAGAUUAUUUUCAAUAGAAUUAAAGCUUUGUGUGCGAAGGAUAAGUAUUUUGAGGUAAUAAUUAGGAACGCAUUCUCGAAGAACAACGAUAAGAAUGAGAAAUCUGAGCUGAUUGUCAGAACCCUCCAAAUUCUGGUCCAAUACAGCAAUGACGAUCGAAAGAUUCAAUCCAAUAAAGAACUGCUUAAAGAUUUAUUCGACUACCAUGAACAAAAAGUCUUACCAGCCUGUGAAGAGGCACUUUUAGUAUUGAAUAAACUAAAUGGCAAAAAAAUCAAGUUUAAGGAGCUGACAGCUUCAAUGAAGGCUAAAAUUCUACACUCGAUGAUCAACUUUCAAGGAGUUGAGACAACAUUUUAUGAUAUUUUUAAACAUGAUCCACAAAAAGCUAAAAAUGUCCUCAACAGUCUUACUAUAGACGACAUUCGAUGCUUUUUAUUUGAGGACGAUCAGAUUUUAGAAUUUUUUGACAGCUUGGAAGUUGAUGAGAUUGUUGAAAGGAGGCUUGUAGACUCCUCCAGAGGCACAUUAAAAUGUACAUUGUUUCCUGAAGUAGCUGCUGAUGUGGAGGAAUCAAAAACCUUUAUUCUUGCUGACAAAGCUGGUGCUGGAAAGACAGCUAUGAUGAAUAAAAUUGCGUAUGAUUUAAAAGCGGCUAAUAAGUCACAUUUUGUCGCUUUUAUUAAAUUAUCAGAUUGCUAUGACAUUUUAGAACAGCACCAAGCAAAAUUGUCAAUUAUUGACAUAAAGGCACUAUUAAUUGAGAUAUUCAAAGUUAAAAUUGACAUAGAAGUAGCCGUCCUCACCUAUUUGUACUCAGCAUCAAAAAUAAUUUUUCUAUUUGAUGGUGUUGAUGAGAUUUAUCCAAAUUUGAAGGACAUUUUCAGCAAAAUUCUAAAACAUUUGAAGGAAAACACAAAGAAUCAAGUUUGGGUGUCGACACGACCUCAUCUUGUACCUCAAUUAAAGGAUCAACUGCAAUGUAAAGUCUAUAAAUUAGCAUCAUUAUCAAAAGAGGAGAAAGAUGAGUUUAUAAGCACAAGAAUCGACAAAUCUGCAGGUUCUAGUCAUUUUACAGGUUUAGUCAAAGAGAUUGAGAGCAGCACAGAAAGAAGAGUUGACAACUUCUACAUGAUCGAGUCUAUUUACCAGAUAUUUUGCAGCCACAAAGACAUAUUGAGCAUUAAUUCAAGCAAUUUUUCAGAGAUUUUUGACAAAUUAAUCCAACUUUAUGCUAACAAAGUCGACCAAAAACUCAUCCCCGCCAAAAGUAUCAAAGGAUUCAAUCAAGAACAGGUUCAUCAAGCUGUUGCUCUAGAAAAUGUCUCUCAAAAAGAACUAGCAGCAAUGAUUCAGGAGAUGUGUAUCAUUAAAAAUUGGAAGGCUGCUCAGGAGAAAUGGUUGGUUGAUGACAUCCAGCGCCAUGGCAUCAUCACUGCUGAGUGUGGUGAAAAGUCGACUGAAUUCAUUUUGGAUUUUGUUCACAAAAUUUAUGCAGAAUAUUAUGUUGCUCAGCAUAUCCUGAACUUUUUGUACAGUCCAAAUUACGGAAUCAAAAAAGAGGAAUUUGAGAAAGUUUUAAACAUUUUGAGAUUCAUUGCUGGUUGUAAGGAUGAGUUUAAGUUUAUUCACAAGUUUCUAUUGUCGGCUGCUGGGUCUGAUGAUGCAAAUGAUGGAAUAUUUGAAACAAUGAAGGAAGUGAUUUUUGAGAACAUGAUAGAUCUUCAACGAGAUAUGAAUAAUAAUCAAUAUUUGAAUGACUUUUGGGCUGAAAUUUUAUGAAUUUAACUUUUAUGAAUUUCGCUUAAAUUAUAAUUAAAUAAUUAUAUAAAUUAAUUGAAUAAAUUAUAACUUUAAGGGGCCGUUCACUUAUGACGUCCAGAGGGGGGGGGGGAGGGGAAGGGGGAAUCAGACAGAAAAGAACAAUAGAAAUUCCUGGAAAUCCAUUGUUCAUUUUUGAAAAGUGACCAUUAAUUUCGGACGUCAUAAUUGAACGACCCCUAAGACAUAGUGAUUAUUUUGAUUAUUAAGUGAAAGUUUUUGAUAAAUUGUUAUCUUAUCUUUAUUAUAUUUUCCUCUAAAUUAAACUUAUUUAAAACAAAAAAUUAAAAAAGUCUUUGUGUUAUUGAUCGAAGGACUUAAGCGCAGUUAUGACGCAGCAAUCAGUUUUUUAUUAUUUAAUUAUUUUGUGUCUUGGUUUGUACGUCCCAAGGAUAGGGACGUCAUAAGUUUGUUUUUUUGAUGAACGUCAUAAGUGAACGGCCCUUUGAUGAUCACAAGUUGAUUCCUUAGCCGUUUUUUAAAGAACGAAGACGAUUUUUGUGGCUCAACUUGUUUUUUGGUUCUUUUUAUAGAAAACAGCCAUUUCAAGUAUUAGAACUAAACUUUGUAUGCUUUACUAUGACUUUCUGCAGGGGCGUAGCCAGAAAUUUGAAGAGGGGGGGGGGCAAAAAAUUUUUUGUAUGAAAAAAAUUUAGGGGGGGGGGGGCAUUUUUUGAUUUUUUCAUAAAAACCCCAGAAAAAUAAAAAUUUUCUGUUUACGUUGGGGGAUUUGUCGUAUUUCAAGUUAGCCGAUGCUAAGCCGAUCAGCUUAAAUUUUGAAAAUAAAUAUUGAUUUAAGCCGAAAAAAUCGGCUUCGAUCUCUGCAAUUUUUUGAGAAAAAUCUUAAAAAUCAAUCUGUAAUUAAACUUAAAUAUCUACUGCUCAUUUUUUUUUGCUACUAGGACGGUAAGGUACGUUAUAGGCACACCAUUGUACUAUCGCAGGUGUACAACUUACCUUACCAGUUUACAACCUUACCUAGGUUUUGCCUGAGUUUUUUUCUGGAUUUUCCUAGAGUUUUUCUUAAUAUCUUACCAGUGAUGUGCUUAUUCCUUACCGUACCGUACCAGAAGCGGAGAAAUUCGUGCCCAGAAAAAUAAUAAAAUCAAACAAAUAUUUUUUUAUAAUAAAAUCUUUAUUAUUAGAAACUUAUUAACUUAAUUGUAUUGCUUUAUAAGCUAACAUACUUUAAAAAGCUUAAUCUUCAUAUGAAUUUUGGACUAGCAGUACUUUUUCAUUUAUUAACUCAACUGUCAAUUCAACAUUAUCAUCGAUUUUAAAAAUAUCUUUAAAAAUACUUGGCGAAACUGUCGACCAAAACUUAAAAAUCUUAAUACAAUUUUCGGAAUUAAAGAUGUCAUUACAUAUUUGUGGCAAAUUAUCAAGUACCAUCAAAUCGGAAUUAGUUCUUUCAAUCUGUAAUCGAUAUGUUGUAUAAUCAAAUAUAAAUUUAUGAAUCAUUUUAAAUUCAUCAGCUAAGAUAGCAAUAAAUCUUAAAAUUUUAAAAAAUCGAUUUUGAUCAUCUUCUUGCAUGAUUGAAUCUUUAAAUAAGUACGAAAUUAAAUAUUUAGCAACAAAAUAAUCGGCAAGAAUUUUCUCAAUAGAACUAAAUGAAUUUCUAUAAAAAUCUUUAAAUACUAAAUUAUUACAUUGAACUUCAUCAAUGGUCAUUGAAUCUAUAAUUUUUUUCCAUUCUGCUAAACCAGGAAUAUUUUGUAAAAUAUCUACAAAUUCUCCGUAUAAUUUAUCUUUAAAAAUAUAUUUUAAAGCUAGAUAUUUGCACUUAUCAUCCGAUUGGUGGUGAAAAUGUUUUAUCAUUUCAAAAACAAUAUUUUUAAUAAGUUUAUAAACAUUAAAAAAUUCUAAUUUAAAGUCAUUUGGAUUUUCCUGAUAAAAUUUAAUCAGCUUUUCAAGUAGAAAAUGAUUGUCGAUAUUUAAAUCAGUAUUUCUGUUUAAAUUGUAUUUACUAAAUAACAAUUCAUUUAUAUCAUGAAUUUCAUUCAUUGUUAAAGGCACAAACGCAUGUAAAUCUGUAUUUAAUGAUUCUUUUAAAAUUGCAGAUUGAUGCGACUAAGAUGAUACUAAGAUCAUAUUAGUUAAAUUAUCAGCAAAAUCUUUGAAUAUUAUGGUAAAAAGAUUAAUAAAUUCAUCUGGUAAACUUUCAAAUUCAUCAAAUAAAAUUAAUAUUUUUCCAGAUUCAUAAAGUUGAUAAAAUGUUCCAAAUUCAAUUAACUUGUUUAAUUGUAGAAUUUGAGUCAAACAUUGUGGAAUGUUUGAUGUAUUAAAAUUAUUUCUGUUCUCAAAUAGAUUGUCAACCAAAUCAGAAAUUUUAGCUAAAAUCACCCAAGAAUUUCUAUACUUAAUCUUAAGUUUAGCAGCAAUUUUAUCAAUUAACUUGCCAGAUAUAGGUAAAUCGGAUAGAAUAAAAGGUUUAGACUUUUCUGUUUGCUCAAUAAUUUGAUCAACUAUUUUCUCUUCCUCUACUAAAUGUUGUUCUGUAUUUUUGUUCGCAACUAUAUCCUGGUCAGGAACAUGAUCUAAAGGUUUACCAAUCUCAAGAAUUUCAUUGUUUAUUAUAAUUCUUUUAAGAUCUUCCACAUCAAGAAGAACUCGGAAAUUUUCAACAAUUUGUUCAAAUUCAAGUAUAGUCAAUUCCCUCCCUUGAAAACGAAUGAUUUUGUGAAUAAUAUUAUUUUGCAUAUUCACUGUUAAACAAUUAAAUGCAAAUCCAUAUUUAAUAUCAGUUCUUGAGCUUGUAAUCAGUUUCAAAACUGGCAGAACGUUUUCACAUUCUGGAAUCACUACAUCACUUAAAUAUUUGAAAACUUUUUUAUAAUGUUGCUGAAUUCUUAUCAUUUCAUUUGAAUUGUCGCAUUGUAUAACAGCCUGCAUGGCUGCAGCAAUCAAUUCCGCUUCUUGAUCAUCUCGACAGACUUUAAAAACAUUUUUGAUAGUUCCUUCGAUCUUUUGUCUUUCAUCGUUCAUUAAUUUAAUGCUGUUGAAAAUACUCUUAUAGUUUUGCUCAAGUUCUGUGUCAUUUCUUGGGUACGGACGGGAUUUGUUCAUAAAAACUAAGUUAAGAACAAGAAGGCUUAGUUUGUUAAGGAUAAAUCCAAGAGUUUUGUGCUUAUUUGUAUUAUAAAGUAAAGAUUUAGCACCGACAUAAAAAGUUCCUGAUUGUGGAAACUCUUGAUGCACAUAAGACUGAUCAAUUUCAUGUCCAAAAUUAAAUGUAAUAUUAAUCAUCAUACAAGCAGCAAUUUGAAGGACAAUAGAAAAAUGUUGAAUUAUGUUGAUUGAAUUUAAUGCAUUUAAGACACAUUUUACUCCUUUUUUAUCAGCUCCAAUGAUUGUGGACUUUGAUAAAAUUUGUAAAAUAUGAACUGGCUGCUCUUCGAUGGGGUUAUGUACAUUUAUUCGCAUUUGAUUAUCAAUUUUAUUUUUGACGACAAUUCUUUGCAAUCUUAAAAUAUGCAGCAAGACACUCUCAUUAUUUCUAUCCGUAAAGUACUUCAAAUUUGGAUACUGAAUCACAAUUGCUUUAAUUUGGUCUGUAAAGUCUAUGAAAUUUUGAGUUUUUUCAUUUCCGCUUUCAUAGUUGAAGUCAUGGAGAACAUUUGGAUAAUAUGAAUUGACUUUUAGAAGAAUCGUCAUUAUUUUUUCAGUUUUCCUUAACCUAUAUUUGCUUUUAUCGUUUUGGAUAUAGUUCAACCAUGCAUAAUCUAUUGCUUUUUGUUGUCGUGCAUCAACGUAAUUUACGUCGACACAAUUAUUUUGUAAAAUAUUUUCAACUACUUUAGUAUUAUUUUUUUUGACAGCUUUAAUUAACCUUAAAUGACUAUUUAAAUCGCCUUCAUCCAUGCUUACAUCUGAAUCAUUCAAAAACUCACCUUCAGAUGAUUCAGAAUCUACAGUGGAUAUUUCCUUAUUUUCAAAUAGUUUGUGUAUCCAUGUUCGUAUUGUUGGCUUUAUUGUGUCCAUAUCUCUGAUUGUUAAUCCAUUAAUACAUUUCUUUUUAAGAUAACUGAUCUGUUCACUUGAUCUCAUCGAUUUUGAAAUAUUAGUCCAAAGUAGCUGAACAACAUCCAGUGAAUUGAAUUGAACAGCUUUCAUAAGAACAUUUUCGUUUUUUUUAUCAACAUGCUCGGAAAAUUGCAAUAAAUCGUCAAAUUUUUUUGAAAAUGUUUCCCACAAUAUUUUGUGUAUUUCUAUUGAUCCGUUGGAUAUUGCAACAAGUUGAAGUAAGUUUUGAUUGUAUUGACCCAAAAGUCUUAAAAUAUUUCUGAACUCAUUCCUCGAUGUCAUUGAAUCUAAUUUUGAUAUUAUAAAUACAAAAAUUUCAUUUGAUCCAAAAGAUGCUGCAUGAUGAAUUAGAUUGUUGCCUUUUUUGUCGACUUCUUUAAUUGCUUGAAGAAAUUUUCCUUUUGAUCCAAGAUUAUCUAGUAUUAAUUUCCACAAAUGUUGAAAAACCUCAAUAUUUGUUGAAUAUAUACUAACAAUUUGUAGUAAACUUUGUUCAUUGAUAUCUUUAUGCGAUAGUAUUAUAUUGUAAUCAUAGGGAUCGAACAAUUCUAUUAAAAUAGAAAAUGUAAAUUCUACAAUUCCAAUGUUAUCUGAUAAUACAAGAUGAUUGAGGUAACUGAAACCACUCGUAUCCUUUUCAAGAAUCAAGUUCUUUAGUUCUUUUAAAUCUUCAAAGCUUUUUACCAAAAGUGUCCAUAAAGUCUGAUGAACCUCAAUUUUAGUGUUAAAUGCAGCAUAAUGCAGGACAUUAAAUUGAUUUUUCGAUGAUUUCUGACUUUGUUAAAUAUUUAUCGAUUGUUUCCAGGAACUUUAACACUUUCGAUUGCUCUUUAUUGGCUGUCAAGCAUAUCAUGUACAUGAUAUUGCCUUCAAGAUUGAUGCUUUUGGUUCUGAAGACCUUUCGGAUUAACUCUUGGUCAAAUUUCGAUUCUAAUUUGAUUACCAAACUCUCAAAUAUUGAAAUGUCAAGUUCUGACUGAACGAUUCUAAGCAGAACUUCCUGUUCCUUGAUCAAAGUCUUUAAAUCUUUAGAUUUUAAAAAAUUGAACAGAAAUUCCUCAAAUUUCAAAUAAAAUUCUGCACUCUUCACUGAUUUAAUCAACUUUCCAGCAGUUCUAGUCAACAGUUCCUUAACUUUCUCAUAUUUUCCACUUUUCAGGAUAUCCACAAUCAUAACAACAAGGCACUCAAGUUCAUUAACAUAAAAAUCUUCAAGAUUAUCCAUUUUACAAAAUUCAUUCGCAAAUUCCAAGAAUUUUUUUCCAUGAUCAGCUAUUAAAGCAGGAUCAAGCACAACAGCAUCAUUCAUUAUAAUUUGAGUUCCACGAUAAGCUGGACUUGUCAAAACUUUAACAAAAAUCUCCAAACCAAUUUUUCCAAGUCGCUUCCGUUUCAACUCCUUAGCGAUAAACUCAGCCAAGAAAAAUUCACAGAAAGUAUUAUGCGUGAAUGCCAAUUUUCCAUUUAUGAUAUUCACAACACCACCGGCAAUAACUUCUUGGUGUGGCCACUCAGUUCCAUCAUAGUCAGGAAAUAAUUUUUCAACCAACUCCGGAAAUGUGAUUUUUAUAGCUAAAUAUUGGUGAAAUUGGUAGAAAGAAAAUUCAUAAAAUUGGCUAUUGAUGUAUGCUGUUUCUCUGAUUAUUCCUUUUUGUUUUGACUGUCUUUGGUAAAUAUUUCGAAAUAAUUUUACAUAAAUUUUUGAUCUUUUGAGAUCUUUCACAUCCAUUACAUCCAUAGAUAUAUGAGCAAUCAUAUUUAACUAUAGAGGCAAACCUACUGAAUUGCCGUUAGAAGUUAAAACUUUCCUCGUUACUUGAUAAGCUUUUCUACGGUAAUUUUGAUACAUUAGUGACGUCAUCAAAUUUUCAAUUGAUUUUAGUUCAUUUUUGCCUUUUAAAUCCAUCAAAGUCCAAGUUUUUGCUAUUAAGUCAACACUUUCCAUCUCAUUCAUCAUCUCAAGGCCAUAAGCACAAUCAAGAUUUAGUUGUUUUUUCAAAUCAACUUCAAGAUAGUCUCGCGUUGCAAUCCACAGCUGAUUUCCGCCAUUUUGUUUAAAAUUCUGAGCUAACUUUGUGACAAAUUCAGCACAAUCGGGUGCAAUUUCAUCGAAACCGUCAAAAAAGAUGAGAACAUUGCCAUCGUUGUAGCAUUUUUUGAAGAUUUCUAACUCAAUUUUAGUUUUUGGUUUAAGAAUAUUGUCAACAAUAAAAGUUGAAAAUUCAGGCUCACAUUCUUGUGCCUUAAAUUCGUUAAUCAACUGCUUCAAAUCCACAUACGUCACCCAUUUUGUUGGAUAUUGUUUUCGGAUGGUUUUUGCAAUGUUUUUUAAUGCCAAAGUUUUGCCAUUUCCAGCCUGGUCUGAUAUUAAAACAAACUUCUCGUUUUUGACUUCAGAAAUCAGCUCAGUUUCUGAGAGUUUUUGAUUUUCCGCUUGUUUAUCUCGCUUGAUAAAUAAUCGCGGAGUAUAAAUCAUUUCUAAAUGAUUUUCAUUAAUUUCGUCUUCUAAUUCUGUAUUUACUGAAAUUAAUUGCUUGUUCACCAAAUUGUUUAAAGUUUGAUCAUCAAUUUUUGAAUUUGGUUCUGUUUUUAUGCUUAGUAGAUCUUUCAAUGAGUUUUCUAAAUUACCUUGAAAAUUUAUUUUACAUUGAAGCAAUAACUCUUGGCUAAUUUGUGGCAGGUCAUCCCAAUCGUAAUUGAUAUUAAUUUUUGUCGAAUUUUGAAGUAUUGAAGAUUCUGCAAACUGAAUUUCAUUUGAUGUGACGACGACGUAAUUAAAAUUCUUAUUUUGGAAUUUAUUUUCUAAAUCAACUGGAACUCCUUUUGAACAAUCUAUAAAAACGUGUAACUUGUUGGUUUUUAAGCAGACGUCGUCAAAAGCAUUCAAAAAGUUUUCAUCGACUAAUUGCUUUGCAUCAAUAAAUAAACAAUAUGUGUCAAUUAAACUCCUGUAUUUUUCCUUUGAUUGAUCAAUGAUGUCCUUAAGCAUUAUCGUUGGAUUGUUGGUUUUAAUUAUGACCAAUUUGUUAUCAGCAAAUUCUUCAAAAAUCUUUUGAGGCCUAAUUUUAAAUUUUUGACUUGAAAUAUUUUGCAAUAAUUUAGUCAUCAUGUUCAAUUUUAUAACAUCCUGAUUUCUUAAUUUAUAUUCCUUCAAAUCAGCUAUGAUCAAUUUGUUCCAAAAAUCAAACAGAAUUUGGUAUUUUCCUUGAAGAUCACACAACUUGUCAUUGUUAUCGCCAAACUCUGUCAAAAUUUGCACAGCUCUGGCAAUUAAUUCUUCAUGAAAUUUUGAUUUGUCAUAACAUUUAUACAUUGAGGAAAGGAUUCCAUUGAAACCGUCAUCUGGAUCAUGCGAGUGUAUUGAUAACAACCUGUCGACAGUUCUGGCAAUUUCAUCAAGUUUUUUUUUUAUAUCGUAGUAAGGCAUCACUUGACUAUAAUAAACUUGUUCCAUGACAAAAUGACACAAUUCGUGAGCUAAAACUCCUUUGAUUUUCUGUUCAUGUUGUUUAUCUGACAGUUUAGCUCCAAUAAAUAUAUAAUUACCAUUUAAUCCUGACAAGUCUGGAUUUUCGUAC